UUGGCGCACUGCCCAAGUGACUGGUCAUUAUGUCGUCGUCCACAGGAGGACGAUCCGAUGGAGGACGACGAUGACGACGACGAGGAGUUGGAGUGGUGCAGUUUUUCCAAGCGAGACCUGCUAGGCGGCCCGUGGACGCCAUCCGAGGAGCAGCUGCUGUGGAGGGGCGCCUUCAUCCUUAUUCUCUCCACGCUGUUCACAAUCGCCUGCAUGUUGGUUUUCCUCAAUAUCGGAAGGGUCAACAUGAGCUUCGUCCUCGACACCGUAAAGAACGAGAAUCGCGCCAAGAACUCGUCAUCGAAUGCUACGGGCACGGAGGCCUUGGCGAAAAUGUUUGCCAUCGCGUCGUCGCGGUCGCCUUUCCGCGUCGACCAGUCGUGGUCUUGGGGCGCAAAGGAACGCCGCGCCGAGCAGGACCUGGUCACGGGCAGCGACAACCUGCUGGACGAAGGGCGCCGCGACGGUGUCGGAACAGACGACAGUCGAGGCGGAUACGUGCAACUGUCCGAGUGGUAGCUUGCGGACGCGGCGCAUCUGUCAACUGGUCGGACCAAGGACGACGUGCACCACAGUCGUCCGCAGGGUCACUGUGGACGACUGCCGUCGGUGGACGCAUUGAUUCCCUCGUCCUAGCAGUUUUUUUUUCUUUUAUCAUUUCAUUACGAGUCAAUCCCGCAUGUGCCUCUAAACGAGAUCAACAGUCAGGCUUAAUGAAAUGUACCGCGUCUGCAUUUAAAGCGAAUCGUUCUGCUUCACUAUGUGCGGCUGGUACUCCUGUAUUAGCAAUGUAACCCAACUGUAACCUAAUAUUUAUAUAAAGCAAGGCUUUCAACGAAGCAUCACUAUCGUUACGUAAUGUAGUGGUUUCACUUGAUGUACAUUUUUUGCUUAUGGCGUACGUUGAAUAAAAAAUAGUGUA